AUGGAGAGCCAAAUGGAAAGUGGUCCUAAGAUUCGUGCCAAAAGCAAAGGUGACUUGUUUCUAGACGUGGGUUCAGGAGGCCUGGGCUGCUGUGGCUGGUUUAUUUUCCUCCUCUUGGGUGUGUUGACAUUAUGCAUCCUACCAUACACCAUCUGGUUCUGUAUAAAGGUAGUUAAUGAGUAUGAACGGGCUGUCAUCUUCAGACUGGGCCGGAUUACAGACCGGAAGGCCAAAGGACCCGGUGUCUUCUUCAUCUUUCCAUUCACAGACACCCUGGUAAGACUGGACCUGAGAACAGUGUCAUUCAACAUCCCUCCUCAGGAGAUCCUGACUAAGGACUCCGUGACGGUGUGUGUUGAUGGGGUCGUGUACUUCCGGGUCAGUGACCCCAUCUCCUCCGUGGCAAAUGUGUCCGAUGCAGACUUCUCAACCCGACUCCUGGCCCAGACCACCCUGAGGAACGUCCUGGGAACCAAGAACCUGGCAGAGCUGCUGUCAGACCGUGAGGGAAUCUCACACAGCAUGCAGGCCAGUCUGGAUGAGGCUACUGACCCAUGGGGCAUCAAGGUAGAGCGUGUGGAGAUUAAGGAUGUGAAGCUGCCCCAUCAGUUGCAGAGAGCCAUGGCAGCAGAGGCAGAGGCCAGCAGAGAGGCCAGAGCGAAGGUGAUUUCAGCAGAGGGGGAGAUGAACGCCUCCCGAGCCCUGAAGGAGGCGUCUCUAGUGAUCUCAGAGUCUCCGUCUGGUCUCCAGCUGCGCUACCUCCAGACUCUCACCACCAUCGCUGCAGAGAAGAACUCCACCAUCAUCUUCCCUCUGCCCAUGGACAUGAUCAGCCAAUUCAUGAGGAAGUGA